GUACAACAGCUGAGGGAUCUAUUAAAGAAUCCAUAUCUAUUGAGUCAUCAGAUAAUUCUUUCUUACAAGUAGAAACUAGCGCUAAGUUAGGAGAUGAUAAAUCUACUUCAAAUUCUAUAUAUUCUACGGACGGUAUGUCCUCUACAUCUACUGAAGUACCCAGUCUACCUGUAGAACAAACAAAACAAUCAGUAGAUCAGGAUCCAUCACCUGAUUCAGGAGCAUCUCCAACCUUGUCUAUCAAUUCAUUAGUAGAUGAUGAUGAUGAAACAAGCUCUAAAAUUAAGAGUGCCAAGGGUUCAAUUCCUUCAUCUGCUCCCCUUGUCUCAACCUCAAACUCAGUUAAGCUAGAGGAAGUAUCAAGCCCUGUACCAAGACCCAGCAUCAGUUUAGAAUCUACAAAAGUCGACGAUUUUCCAAUUCCGACAAGUUUCCCGGCCGACGAUCUAGAUGGAACUAAAGUGGAGUUUAAAGAUGUGGACAAAGAAGCGGUGAAACAAAAUUUUAGACUUGGAAAUGCGCAGUCAGUUUAUGAGAUUGUUCCUACACAGUCUUUGCAAGCAAUUGAGAUGACUACAGCCACCUAUGACAAGAUAAAUCCGAACAGAAUCGGCCUAAUUGACGAAACAACCGACGAUAUCGAUCAUUUUUUAGGGAUCGGGCCUCCCGUAAUAAACUAGGGGGGCCAAUAAACCCUAGAGA